AUCCAGACAACCGAGGAAUGGAUGUCUUUUGAGAAAUAAGUGAAGAGAGCUGUGCACAAGAGCUCCAAUCUGAGACGAGGCCAUCAGGCAGGCAGUGAUGGGAAAUUCAGAGAGCCAGUACAGCAUCCAGGGCCCCAAAGGCACCAGUUUCGUUUUCCCUGGGAAACAAAAGCCAUGUUCACUGAAGCUCCGCUCAGCCAAAGAUAAUACUUUGUCACCCCAUACAUGGUGGAAAAGUGUCCCGUUGGGCUCAGGGCACAAGGCCAGAUGUAUUGGGCACAGCUGUCUGUCUCCUCCCAAAAGUCGGCAGUCGUACUCCGCUCGGCGUUAUGACUAUGUCUCCAAGGGAGCGAGGGGCAACCCCAGUGAGCGUCGCUGGCAUCGGUCCCCUGGAUGUGGCAUACGAGGACGGGAUAGGUCAGAUGAUUAUGAUGAUAAUCCAUAUGGGGCUGAGCUCAAUGGCCAUGCCCUGGACGGGCACAGUGAUGAACAUGAAGUUUUAGAUGAACAGAGCAGCCCACGGGUGGUGAUCAAGAAGGAUGGCAGUCUCAGGGUGGAGUUCACCAACACCUCAGGAAAUCCUCUCCUCCUGGGUGAGGCCUCUGGCCCUGUACAACUCCUCAAGUUCUCUCCAAACCCAGACUCUGCCUCCACUCCUAGUCUGCCUGGUUCCAGUGGUAGCAGGCAAGAUGGCCACUGCAGUGGUCCCCCUCCGGCCUCUACCUCCUCCACAGCCAGAACUAGUAAGGGAAGCUCACUGAGUUCUGAUGGCUCCUGGUAUGACUCUCCCUGGGGACCCAACACAGAGCUCUGUGAGCAGGACCAGCCCUGCUCUGCCAGAACACUGGUGCACUCCCCUACUGAACAGUCUCCCCCUGUGUCUAUAACAGACCUCUACAGGGACCCCACAAUGGCUGCUACUUUCCACACAGCCAGGGACCUGCACUCCCAGUUACAGGAGCCUCCACCAGGCUCGAAGCCACACCGAGCCUCCUUUGCAUCUGUCCUGGAUGUGCCCUUGGAGGAAGAAUGUCCUGAGGUCCGGCAGUACUCCUCAUACACCCUGCCCUGUCGCAGGCCAAAAGCCCACACUAUGAGCGAGGACCUGGUCCAAUUUCGUGGCCAGAAACAGCACCAGGAGCAGGGUGUGCCAGAUUUAAUCUUCCAUAAGAAAGGCUCCAUCAAACACCGCAUCAGACGCUUUAGUGACUGGACAGGCAGCCUCAGCCGUAAUAAGAGGAAAUCUCAGGAAACCAGGUACAAGGACCUAAGCGAUGCCUUUGACAGUGGAGUUGAUGGCCUGACAGCAGACACCAGCUCCCCCUCCCAGGUCUCUAGUGCCCUCUGGUUCCCAGGAGCCUCCAGGGCCCAAUCAUCAGGAGCCAUUCACCAAACGACCAGCGAUGCCCUCCGACAGAACAUUUAUGAGAACUUCAUGAGGGAGCUGGAAAUGGGCACUGGACAGGGAGGAGGCGAGAGAAGAGACCCGUCCACUGGCACUGAGGAGGGAGGGGAGAGCAGCAGUGAGUCGGCCGAGGGCUCCAUGGAGCAGCUGGACCUCCUCUUUGAAAAGGAGCAGGGUGUGGUCAGACGGGCCGGUUGGCUCUCUUUUAAACCACUCGUCACUUUGCACAAGGACAGGAAGCUAGAGUUGGUGACCCGCCGCAAGUGGAAGCAGUACUGGGUGACCCUGAAAGGCUGUACGUUGCUGUUCUAUGAGACGUAUGGGAAAGGUUUCCCAGAGCAGGAGCUGCUGCCUCGCUACGCUCUGUUGGCUGAGGACAGCGUCGUCCAGGCCGUUCCCGAACACCCCAAAAAAGAGAACGUUUUCUGCCUCAGCAACUCGUAUGGAGAUGUCUACCUCUUCCAGGCUAGCAACCAGACUGACCUGGAGAACUGGGUGACAGCCAUCCACUCUGCCAGUGCCUCGCUGCUGGCCAAGCGCCAGGGAAAGGAGGACACGGUGCGGCUUCUGCGGAGCCAGGUGCGGGGCCUACUACAGAAGAUCGACAUGGACGGGAAGAUGAAGAAGAUGGCCGAGUUGCAGAUGACUGUGGUUAGCAACCCCAAGAACCGCAAGGCUAUUGAAAACCAGAUCCAGCAGUGGGAGCAGAAUCUGGAGAAGUUUAACAUGGAUCUGUUCAGGAUGCGCUGCUACCUGGCUAGUCUGCAGGGCGGAGAGCUGCCCAACCCAAAGAGCCUGUUAGCCAUCGCUAGCCGCCCCACCAAAACCACCCUGGGACGCCUGGGGAUUUUCUCCGUCUCUUCCUUCCAUGCACUGAUCUGUUCCAGAGAUGAGGCCACGCUCAGGAGGCGUUCACUGUCCCUGAUGUACCGGCAGCGCAAGAGAGGCCUUUUCUCGUCACUCAAAGGGCUCGACAACCUUACGAAAAGAGGUCGGGACAAGAGGCCCUCUGCAUCACAGGUCUUUGAGGGCGACGCUGGAGGUCAAACGUAUGCCCUGCCUCCCAGGAGCACCGAGAGGUUGGAUGUGCUGGCCAGUAUCUACUCCAUGUCGCCCCCUGAUGUCCCUGUGUGGGACAGCACCAGUUGUGCCACAGAUGUGCUGAUGUUUGUCUACAUGCCAGGCGGCCUGACAGUCCAAGUUUCUGUCAGAAGAGACCAGACAGCCGCUGACCUUCUCUCUGCAGCCUGCAAGGUGAAACACCUGGACCCGGGCCUGCACUGCCUCCGACUGCACAGAGGAGUGGGACAAGAUGUGGAGGUCCAAUACGUGGCGCCUGGCGAGUUCCUCCACAGUGUGGUCAACGAUCAGUUGGAGGUGGUCCCAGUUAAUGUGUUUGCGCUGCACAUGAGCAGGCCGAAUGGCACUGGAGACUUUGGCUUUGCAGUGACAGGGAACAUAGACGACCAGAAAAACAGCAGGAUCUUUGUCAGCGAGGUGCUUCCUGAUGGACUGGCCUUCAAUGAAGGGUUGCGUCCAGGCGAUGAGAUCCUGGUGCUAAAUGGUCAGUGUGUGUCAGGUCUGGACCUGUCACUGAUCCAAACGCUGUUUGCUGAGCAAACCCUCCACCUGAGUCUGAGGCGGGAAGGCCCUCUGCCGCCGACUGCGGUCUCGACCCACCCAGCUCCUCCUUCCAAACUUAACCAGGAGGUUCGCAGCAAGCAUCACCGAGCCAAGUCCUCCUCAGAUGUGUGCACUGCAGCUAAUGCUGGUGAGCCCUUGUGUGUAGGACUGGAGAAUGGGCAGUCCCACUGCACACACAGGACUGUUCAGCACAGCAAGAGCGUAGACACAGUGUGCACUCUCUACCAGUCCUUUCAGGAAGGGACGGGCUCAGGCACUGGGGACCUGAUGACGGAUUCCAAGGAACCUCGGGUGAGGCAGGGAGGGGAGUUAGGGUCAGGACGCACAGGCGAGGACACCCUGCUCAGACCUUGCCCCAAGCACAUGAGUGUCACAGAGAGGUUACGCAAAGUCAUCCAGGAGCUGGUGGACACAGAGAAGUCCUAUGUGAAGGACCUGGCCUGUUUGUUCAAAAUCUACCUGAAACCGCUGCAGAAUGAAACCUUCCUCACACUGGACGAGAUGGAGAGUCUGUUUGGCAGCCUGCCAGAGAUGCUGGACUUCCAGAGGGUGUUCCUACAGACGCUGGAGGAGAGGAUCGCCUUGUCACCUGACUUCAGCACCUUGGAAACACCCUCGCAGUUCAAGAAGCUGCUGUUUUCUCUUGGGGGUUCAUUUCUCUACUACGCUGAUCACUUCAAGCUUUACAGCGGCUUCUGUGCCAACCACAUCAAGGUCCAGAAGGUCCUGGAGAGAGCUAAGACGGAUCAAGCCUUUAAAGAAUUUCUGGAUGCGAGGAACCCCACCAAGCAGCACUCGUCCACCUUGGAGUCCUACCUGAUUAAACCAGUGCAGAGGGUGCUCAAGUACCCUCUGCUGCUCAGGGAGCUGGUCUCACUCACUGAUGCUGACAGCGAGGAACACUAUCACCUCACUGAGGCUCAGAAAGCCAUGGAGAAGGUGGCCAGCCACAUCAAUGAGAUGCAGAAGAUCUAUGAGGAUUACGGCUCUGUGUUUGAUCAGCUAGUCGCCGAACAGACUGGCCACGACAAGGAGGUCACAGAGAUUUCGAUGGGAGAGUUUCUCAUGCAUUCCUCAGUGGUCUGGCUCAACCCUCAUUCAUCAUUGGGUCGCAUGAGAAAAGACCCUGAAAUGACCGUGUUUGUGUUCAAAAAGGCGGUGAUAUUGGUCUACAGGGAGAGCAACAAGCUGAAGAAGAAAAUGGCCAACCCUCGUUCAGCACUGUCUCAUGGAGAUUCCGACCCCUUUAAGUUCCGUUGGCUCAUCCCGCUCUCAGCGCUGCAGGUCAGGUUGGGAAAUACUGCAGGAACAGGCACAGAAAGCAGUUGCAUCUGGGAGCUCAUUCACUCCAGGUCUGAAGUGGAAGGGAGACCAGAGACAGUCUUCCAGUUGUGUAGCAGUGGGCCUGAGAGCAAGGUCAGCAUCGUCAAGGUUAUCCGCUCCAUCCUCAGGGAGAAUGUGAGGAGGAACAUGAAGAGCGAGGGCACGCUGGAGAGGACCUGUAAGGAACACCCGGCCCCCCUGCGCAGCACCUUGCCCUCCUCCGCCCGGCUAGGUUCCUCCAGAGCCUCGUGGUUGUGUAAACAGCCGUGUAGAGAUCUCUCCACCCAGGCUGGGAAUCCCAAGUUGGGUUCAGACUCAGAUGAGGGAAGCCUGAGCAGUGGAACCUACAGUUUCUCUCAGGCUCCUCCACCCUGUCCUUCCCCUGACCAGCAGAUCUGGCCUCAGAUGUCAGAGCCCAACUCCACCUCUGUCGAAGAGUCAGAUAUUUUAAGUGAUGAGGAUGAUGACGGCUUUAGCGAGGGAACGCAGAAGAACAGUGAAGACAGCAGCUCCCCAACUUCUGCCACUGAGGCUCAGUUGCUCCAACUUCAAAUCUCAGAGGACGCUGUGUCAACAUGUGAACCAGCACCCUGUGCUCAACCUGAACGUGUUGGGGACACUCCAGAGAUCAAACCCAAAGAGGACAGUGCUGUUAAGAGGACAGCCAGUAGUUUUAAAAGGAGCCAGGGUGCACUGUUGAACAUGAAAGAGCACAGCAGGUCACUGGACAGCCAGACAGAUGCAGCAUCAUCAUCGGGGGUGGCAGACCUCAACACAUUACUGGAGAGAGAGUUUAGUGUUCAAAGUCUGACUUCAGUAGUCAAUGAGGACUGUUUCUAUGAUCCAGCUGCGAGUUAUGCCGCUGACUCAGGAAACAUUCCUUCCACCUAGGUGGUAGUGUGGACAAGACUUUACUGUACAUGGACCACAGGGUUAUGGCCAUAGAGGUCAGAGGGGCUGACCCAAGCCCAUAAGUCACAACAGGGGAUGCUCCUGUGGUCUACUGCAGGCUCUACCAGGGUGCCUCAACUCAUAAGUUGAUUUAAUAAGUCACACCUGCCUGCUAAAGGUUAGGUGUAAAUGAUGUAUUCUGAUGGAUGCCCAUUGGCUGACACACCCAGUUUCUCCUCUGAGAGAGGCGAAGCGAGGUGAUUUGUCCCACUGAUAAUGACUGCAGUGAAUCUGGCAGGCAGUGAUGCAUACUCGCUCUUUCUUCAGCUCGCUGGCCUGCGCCUCCUCGCUACAAACUGUCAGAGUGACGUAUUCCAUCCAAGUCUCCUCUGCAGCUCACGCAGAUUUGGCUUUUGACCUUUUCUAUGAAGAAAGGAGGAGAAUGUCCUUGGCCUGUCAGAUCUGCCUGUCAAUCUGAAAAGUUGGAGAAAGGGGAAGAAAUGCACAGUGCGCAUAUAAAAUAAAUCUGGUGUUUUGGCACAGGCGCCUUUAGUGUGGGUUCAGGACUUGUCAAGUAUUCAUUUUGUUUAACAGAACCAGGAAAUGCAUUUUCAGUGAAAAGGAAAUGAAAGAUACACCCACAGAGCGGUAGUGGUCAAGUCAGUGUUUCUGAGAAGAGAUGGGUGUAAAUCAAGAGAAAGUAGACCGACUUUCACAACUAAGCCUUUUCGCUGUUUUUUGUGCACUAAAGUACACUGUUUGCAUAUAUAUUAUUUUUAACUCUACAUCUUUUAAUGUUAUUAAUAUUGUUUUUAUUUAUUAACAGGUUUGAUUGUGUAUAUCCUAGCUAAGUACCUUUUUGGGUGGAGGUUUGAAGUAAAGGUUUGGUCUAUUCCUAAAGGAGAUGGCCAGUGAUUUUCUGUGUUUUGGUUUCCACAAAUCUAGAAGCCUAAAACUCUGAUAACUUCUUGCUUUGCACAUAACAGCGCUACUACCCUCCCAUUUUUUUGAGGACGAAACAUGCCAAUCGGUGCAGCGGUGUGGCUCAUUGGUGUGUUCUUAAUAGUUUUUGGACAACAGUGGAAGUCUGUGACAAACUAAACCAGGGUCUGGAUUCACAGACGCUACGCUACAUGAAAUUCAUUGUUUAUUUUAGUCUCUGUAUUGGGAGUUGUGGUAAAAUAACCAAAACACAGGGAAUUACUAGCCUUAUCAUUUAAAUAAAGAUGUUUAUUCACUGCAGUUUAAGUGGAGCCUGCUGGAUUUUGGCUGUCUUUCACUUAAGAUUGUAAUUUCCAGUGUAUACAGUACCAUGUAUGGCUGCUUAAUUGAACAGCAAUAAUGUUUAAAACCCAAUUUUCCUUGUUGUAUAUUAGUCUUUUCUAUCGUCUAAACAUCUACGUAUACAUAGCUGAUACUGUACAGAUAAGAAAAUAGAAAUUUGCAAUAAAUGCAGCUGAUAUUUUUGUAAAUCAGUGUAUAAAAAGUCUUUUCUAUCGUCUAAACAUCUACGUAUACAUACUUGACACUGUACAGAUAAACUAGCCAGGAAUUAGCAAUAAAUGCAGCUGAUAUUUUUGUAAAUCAUCGUUUGCCAUACAUAAAGUACAUGUUGAGGUACUGUAAAAGGCAAACCGCUACUACAGUCUUUACCUUCUCAGCUCAACCAUACCAUGCCUGUAAUGCUAGCAAACCAAUGAAUGUGAAUGCUCCAUUCUUAUGGAACUGUUUUACAAAUAAAGGGUUUAUCUGCGAAUGAGGCCUGGAGAACAAUGC